GGAAAUGGGUCCAACAAUGCUUUCUCUCCAGGGGCGCCUUUCUUAUGGUGACAUCUAGCUUGCUCGCGCUAUAUAAUCUUGCUUCUGGGACAGAUCCUUGUACAGGGUCCUACCCCACUGGCCAUUCGACGUACUAGGCGCGCAUCAAGAUAGUGCUCCAGCCUCCACAAUGUCUUCAUACAGUGUUUACGACAAGAAAAAGGAGGAGCACGUUGGAGUGGCCGUCAUCGAUGAAUACGACUCAGAAAGCGAGGGUACUGGCGCUUUCAAUGAGCUAAUUGCUGAAGAUCAGAAACAUGACAUCAAGCUCCGUACAAUGUCGUGGAAAAAGGCAGCGUGGUUGCUCUGCGGAGAUCAAGUCUGUCUUGCCAUCAUGGCGCAGACAUGGUCGCUAUCAGUCCUCGGAUGGGUCCCAGGCAUCAUUACCAUGGUCCUUGCUGGCAUCCUCUUCUGGAUCACCUCCAUCACCAUGCACAAGUACAUCAUGAAGAACCCUCAAAUUCAGAACAUCUGUGACUUCGGCUACUACAUCUUCGGCAAGAGCCGGGUCGCAUACGAAUUCAGCGGAUUCAUGCUGCUCGCCAACAACAUCCUGCUCAUCGGAUUUCAUGUCCUCACUGGCGCUAAGAUCCUCAACACGCUUUCAGAUCAUUCCCUGUGCACUGUCAGCUUCUCCGUUAUUGUGGCUCUGAUUGGCAUCGUAUUGUCCAUGACGAGGACGUUGAAGCAUGUCUCGUUCAUGUCGAUGUUCUCCGCUGCCUGCAUGGGUAUCGCUAUCCUCCUAUUCCUCGUUUUCGCUGGCAUUGAGAAGGCGCCAUUAUACGGCUACAAUGGUGACUACCCCACCGAUGGACUCGUCAAAACUUACGCCUUCCCCCUCCCCGGCACGACCUGGGUGGCGUGCAUGAACGCCGUCCUCAACAUCACUUUCCUUUGGGUUCCCCAGAUCCUGUUCCCAUCCUUUAUCACUGAGAUGGAGAAACCCCAAGACUUCCCCAAGGCUCUCGCCGUCCUCGCCGCCAUCUCUGCCUUUCUCUUCAUUGUUCCCCCAUCAAUCGGCUUCCGCUACCUCGGGCAGUACUCGACCGCACCAGCCUUCGGCAGUCUUGGCGUGGUCGCCUACAAGAAGGCCUCCUUCGCAUUCGUCAUUGUCCCUACCAUCAUCAUUGGCGUCAUCUACGCCAAUGUUAGCGCCAAGUUCAUCUACUUCCGCGUGAUGGGCAAGUCGCGGCACGCGCACAGCAACACGGCCGUCGGAUGGGGUGUAUGGGCCGCGGUCAUGGCUGGUAUCUGGGUCAUCGCCUUCAUCUUCGCCGAGGUCAUUCCCAGCAUGGGCGACUUCCUCUCCCUACUAGGUGCCGCUUUCGACUCUUUCUUCGGCUUCAUCUACUUCGCCGUCGCGUACUGGCAGCUUCACAAGGGGAACUUGUUCGGUGGUGCGGGCAGGAGCGUCAUGACGCUUGUCCACGCCUUUGUAUUGUGCGUCGGACUCUUCUUGCUCGGUCCGGGGCUGUACGCUGCUGUUGAGGCUAUCAUGGCUGACUACUCGGGGAGCGUGACUCCGGCUUUUAGCUGUGCUAGUAUUUCAAUCUGAGAUGGAUGGAAGUGUGUUUAUACCCAGUGCAUACAUAGAUACGGAUGAAGACUCUGUUACUGCUACAAAUAUCUGCCGAGAAUGCAACCGAUUUCGGCGACCCUCAUCU